ACACAUACGGCAAUACAAGUGGCAAUGAUGUGCAAGAAAUGGACUGAAACACGGAAAAAAAUUCAGAACCUAAGACGUCAGAACAACAGGCUAAAACAUGUUAUAAGGACACUACGGGAAGGCAGCGAAAAGAAUGAAGAUAGCGGUAACCCUAUUCCUGUUGAGGAUAUACUUCUUGCUGAAGAGUCAAAUGAAAAUUUAUCAGAAGACGAGGACAGCGAAUGGAAAGUUGAUGAAGCAGACAGUUCUCCUAGUGACAUGUCAGAUAGUGAUGGGACUGAUUUUGAUGAUUAUGAUUAUGAUGAUACACAUAAAAAGAGGCAACAAGUGAGAAUUGACCAAAAUGCAACUCCAGAAAAAGAACCCAAGUUUAUUGUAUUUUAUACAAUGCUACUACAAGUCUUUUCAAUCCUCUGUUUCAAGUGUAAAAAAACUAAGCCAGGAGUCAGAAUGGAGCAGAAUGGGACAAUGGUAACUGUUUAUCAGAGUUGCAUCGAAUGUGGGAAAGACUGUUGGAAAUGGAGGUCACAACCAUACGUUCUUGGUCGUUAUCCAGCUGGUAACAUCUUGCUUAGUCUCAGCACUCUUACAGCUGGAGCAUCAAUCAGCAAACUGCUAUCAAUUUUCAGACACUUCGGCCAUGCCACUUACAGUGCACAUACUUUUUUCCGUCAUCAAAAAAAGUUUGUUUUCCCUGCAAUUCUCCGUCACUGGGAGCUAUAUAGAGCAUCAUUACUGACUGAGCUUCAUGGUGUUAAAGACAUUGUCCUAUGUGGCGAUGGGCGAUUCGAUUCGAUGGGGCAUUCAGCAAAAUAUGGCACUUACACGAUGUAUUGUGACAAUAUAAAAAAAAUCAUACACUUUGAAUUGGUUCAGUCAAAUGAAUGCAAAGGUAGUUCCAAUAUGGAGUUGCUUGGUGCUAACAAUGUUUCGGAUACCUAAAUGAUGCCGGGAUAGAGGUCUCCAAUUUUAUAUCAGACAGACACAGAGGAGUGGCCAAAUGGAUAAGGGAGUCU